AUGGCCCUAAAGGUGAUCAAGCUGCAGUGUAAGAAGGAUAUCCAGCAAUUGUUGACCAAGGCUGAAUUGGACCAGGCAGCCUGUUUGGUGAAAGAGUGGAAUGAGAGAAAGCUGCCACCUGAAGCCCAGGCAGAGGCAGCAACAAGUAAGGGCCAGAAGUAUGCAAAACAGUUUGCAUAUGACAUGUGGGAGCAGUGUGGGAUGAGAGUGGUGAUCAUGUCAGCAUGGAAGGAUAAGGAUGGUGAAGUGAUGGUUGGAGUGAAUGACUUCAAUGAUGAGCUGGGUGAUGGAGAGCUCUAUUUGGAUUGGGAAGACCUUCAUGGAAAGUG